UCGUAAGUUUCCAAAGUCAUUUAAUGACCAUAUUGGCGACACAGAUCUGGGUUACAGUCGAUUCUUAAGACAUACCGUGGAUCAAUUUGAUAAUGUGAGGGACCAAAAGAGGAAAAGGGUUUCUAAAGUUGGAAAAGAAAAUAUAAUUAUUGAGAUGCGUAUCAAAUGUGUUCUGGGACUAACUAAGGAUCAAUGGCACAAUACAACUUUACCAAAGGAUGAGUCAAAAGAGUCUCAAUUAAAGAAAAAAGCAAAGCUGCUAAAAUGGUCGAAAAUACCUAGGUCCAAACAGGACAUUUCCACAAUAAAACAAUUAUGUGAAGACACAUAUGCAAGCCAAAGAAAAGACAUUUUAGAAAUGCACAAAAUAAUAAAAGAUUUCCAGACAAGAAAAAGUAGGAAGAAGAUAACAGAAGAAGAAAGUUAUCCCGAAAUAAGUGAUCUGGUUAAUGAAUGGCCCUUUCUUUUCCGCACUGAAAUGACUCUACACAUGAAUCGUCUUUACAACAUCAAUGUGGAAGAUGAUCUUUCCCUCUACAUGAAUUUUACUGGGAAACAAGUGCUUGAUUAUCUUGUUUUCUCUCAAGGAAUGGAAGGCAAAGUUUUGGAACAACAAAUGACAAAAUCUAAAGAGAAAUCUGCAAUUGAUGAACCAGAAGUCUUAUCUCUGCUGAUGUUGUUUUCAAUACAUUUCAAGGAGAAAGUUGGAAAAUUUAUCAUAAAAGCUGAGGUUUCGCUUCAAAUGAAGGAUGUUAGGGACCUUCCAAUUCCGCUGACACCUUGCAUUCUAUCAUGUGGAUCUGACCUGUUUAGGGCUGAAAAGUAUUAUGCAUGUAUGGACAAGUACUGCUAUUUUGCUACUAGAUCUUUCAGAGAAGCUUUUUGUGUAGUUUUUAGUAGCUACUUUGUGUUCCAUCUAGAUUUUCCUCAAAACUUUGGACUCACUCUGGAAUACAUUCAAAGACAAGUUUUCGACAUAAAUCCUGAGGUGGGAACCAAACGCGCUGAGGGAAGUUCUAGCAGUCCUGUUAGCGUCAAAAUUCUUGACGUAAUCAGAGACUGCCAGGCAUAUCAUACAGCCCUUCAGAAGGCUAACUCAGUUAAUGAUCAGGACUCACCCUUGAAUCUCUCUAAGUCAAGCAACAUAAGCUUUAGCCAAACCUCAUCUUAAAGUCAUCACUCCCAUGCAUAGCAACUUGUAUAUAAAUUUGUUUACUGUUCUUUUAGUUGUCACUUUUGUUGUUAAAAUUAAUCCUGCACUACCUUUGGUAAAAGCUGUGGUGUGUGUCAAUAUAUUUUUCUUGUUUUGUUUCUACAAUUGUUGAUUAUUUUUAUUCUUUUAGUUUUUCAAUGUUGUAGUUUUUUAACCAUAUGAUGUGAGUUUUUUAAAAACUUCAGUGGUUUUCUUUUAACCAUUUAACAUUUUAUUUCUUAACCUUUGACCUUAUGACAAACACUUUGCAGCAGUUUCCAGCAACUAGUCAAUAAUGUAUUUUGGAUUAUUUUAUACUGGACCAUACCUCUGAUAUAGCUGUGAUGUGCCAAAGUAUCUUUUCAUUUGUUAAUGUUAACUAUUUCCUCCGUAAAGAGAUGUUAAAGAAUGAUAUCGAAGUGAAUUGGUGUUUAAAUUAUUUUAAAAAUUUCUUUGGAAGUGUGUUAAUUAUUAUUACAUAUUUAUUUUUCAGACUUAAAUAAAAGUGCUCAGAAUCAAUAGAUAGUUUUCAUUACAAACUCAAAGUAAAACAUUACAUCCAAGUAAAGAAGUAGCAAGUAAGAGGUAUCUUUACUUAAAAAGAGAGACAACAAAUGUAGCGUGACAGGCAAGACUACAUAUAUCAAACUAAAUACACAAAGGAAAUAACAUGUAUUGCUGCAAACACAGUAUAAUCAAAUUGUAAUAAGUUCAUAUGCUUAGCCAACACUUUGCACAGUAUUUUCUUCGAUCAAACAAUGUUUCAAAGAAAAACAGAGUCUUUCAUGAAAGUCAUACACUGCCUGUCCUGUAAUAUCCAAAUUUUCUGAAUACAUGACAAUCUGAUAGUAAAAUUUGUCUUCAGUAAUUUAAUACAGCCCAUAGUUAUCCAUGAAAGAAGAAGGAUGUAUUUCCAAGACAAAGAAAACAUCACUUUUCUCAUCUUCUCCACCUGAAAUUAUGCAGGAAAUUUUUGCAAUUUGAAUGGUACUAUUGAUUUUGGAGAAAAGCAGCCAAUCAUCCUUCUUGAAUACUUGGCCGUGUAA